GUUUGGAAGGAAAUCUUUGUCUGUUUGUUAUUAUUUGACAGUGGCACAAUUGGUUUUGUUUAGCUUAAAAUUUAAACACCGUAGCAGACAUCUUCGAUCCAGAAAAGUGAAACUGGUGGUGUAGUGUUCUGUAGAGGAAGACAGAAAUGUCUGCAGAGAUGAAGAGUCAGGAUUCCGAUAACGAUUCAGACUACGAUCAGUCGGAUCAUAUGGACGAAGACGAGGAGGAUUUUUGUGGUUACUAUGACAACGACACAGAUGACCUUGACAUUGACAGGCCAAAGAAGACAGAUGACCCAGAAUAUUUUGAAUAUGAACUAUUGAAAGUUGAAGAUGUUGAAAGAUUGCUCAAUGAAGAUGUAGAAUUUCUAUGUAGCUGUCUCAAGGUAGAUCCACACCUAGCCAAAAUGCUGCUUCAGGUACAUCAGUGGAAGAAAGAAUUUAUCAUGGAAAGAUACAAGAAAGAUCCUGCUAAGUUCCUAGUAGAUUCCAAAAUUACACCCGCCGUUAAAUACAAGAGUGCACCACUGGGAGUACAGAACACAUGUUCAGUGUGCUGUAGAAAGCUGCCGUCGGAUUACUUCUGUCACCUUAGCUGUGGCCAUGUAUUCUGUAGAGAAUGCUGGGAUAACUACUUCCAAGUUCAGAUUCUACAGGGAGUUACAUCAGGUAUUGAGUGUAUGGAGAACAAUUGCCACAUCUUGGUACCGGAAGAUUUCCUGUGCCGGUCACUGUCAAAACCCGAGCUCCGAGACAAGUACACAAAACUGUCUUUCCUGGAUCUUGUCAAUACACAUCCCCAGCUGAGAUUCUGUCCCGGGCCAAAUUGUUCCAAUGUUGUCAGAGCCAAAGAUACGAGGUCUAAAAAGGUGGACUGUGCUCAGUGUAAAACCAUAUUUUGCUUCGGAUGUGGCAUGGAGUACCAUGCUCCAACAGACUGUGCCACUAUCAGGAAAUGGCUCACCAAAUGUGCUGACGACUCAGAAACUGCCAAUUACAUCAGUGCUCAUACUAAAGAUUGUCCAAAAUGUCAUGUUUGUAUUGAGAAAAAUGGAGGCUGUAAUCAUGUGCAAUGUACAAAAUGCAAGAAUGACUUCUGCUGGAUGUGUUUAGGAGACUGGAGGACCCAUGGAAGCGAGUAUUACGAGUGUAGUCGGUACAAGGAGAAUCCAAACAUUGCCAAUGAGUCAGUCCAUGCUCAAGCCAGGGAGGCCUUAAAGAAGUACCUCUUCUACUUUGAACGGUAUGAGAAUCAUGCCAAGAGCCUGAAGUUGGAGGAACAAACACUGUCUAAAAUAACCACUCGUAUCCAGGAGAAAGUGAUGAUCAACUCUGGCACAUGGAUCGACUGGCAGUACCUACUGGAUGCCGCAGUCCUGCUCAAGAAGUGUCGCUACACUCUCCAAUAUACAUAUCCCUACGCAUACUAUAUGGAAAAAACAGCCCGGAAACAGCUGUUUGAAUAUCAACAAGCUCAGCUUGAGGCGGAGGUGGAGAAUUUGUCUUGGAAAAUAGAGCGUGCUGAGAUAACUGACAGAGGGGAUCUAGAAAACCAAAUGGACAUAGCCGAGAAAAGAAGACAAACACUACUAAAAGACUUUCUAGAAUUUUAAGUGUAUUCUAAGUCCACACUGCGAUAAACAAACAUUGACUUCAGUUUUUGUAAGCUUGGGCUCAGGGAAGUUAUGUCAUGUUAGAGCUCCGAUCAUCUCAUACAACACUCUCAAGUGUUUGGGGUCAAGGAUAUUUGGAUUCACAGAGUAUGGCUUUAGAUAUUUGUGCUCAAGGAUAUUUGGAUUCACAGAGUAUGGCUUUAGAUAUUUGUGCUCAAGGAAUUUGGAUUCAGAUGUUUGAGCACAUAUGUGAUGGAUUCAAGGCAUUUUAGCACAUAAUUUGAUUAAGAUUUUUGCCAAAUGGAUUUGGAUUCAGAUAUUUGAGCUUACGGUACACAGAUUUAGAUGUUUGUGCCACAGAGGAUGGAAUGAAAACUUGUCAAUGAGUUUUGAGUUCAAGAACCGGAUAACCCUUCAAACUUACAAACAAGCUGGAAAUCUUGCCAUAACUUACCAUUACUUGGUGUGUUAUAAAGCAUCGGUUGGGAUAUUCUUGAAUAUAUUGUCUGUAUGAAGCAACAUAAAUGAACAGGUGAGGGCCGUGUUUGUUGAUGUAUCAAACUAUUUAAAUCGAUUAAAUGUCAAACUUUUGACUAUAGUGAGAAAGAUAAUGUAUUAAUUGACUUAAAGUCAUUAAUGAAUAAUAGAUUUGAACAUACAAUCAAUUUCUUCAUACAAAACAUGUGUGACUGCCAUAAAAUUGAAUAUAUAUGAUUGGUCGAGAGACAUCACAUGUCCAUGCUAGGAUGACUUCUGGGUUUUUUUGGUCUGUUAUUACACCCAGAACAAAGACGUCAUAGAUUCUCCCUCCGCAAACACAUCAUGACACCAACUGACUUUGUAUGAAUGCUUUAUAUUGUAAAACUUGCUAUGGUCGUCUGUUGUACUUUGUGUUGACCAGGUAUGUCAUAUUAAACUUCACAGCCUAUUAGUGUGUGGUACAUUUACAGGGUCUAUACAAAUACAAACUAACCUCACUACAAGUCAGUAAAUGUGUGCACAGAUUUUAUAUAUGUAAUUAUAUAAAUACCGCUGGUUUGAUUAUUUAACUUUAUAAAUUUGAAGAAAAAUGCUAUAGCAAUAGCAAAUACGAAGUCUUCUAAAGCACGUAAAGUUGAUAUUGUCAUAACUAGAUUGAUAAAAUGCUAGGUAUAUUUAUCUAAUUCCGAUUCUAAAUCUUUACAUAUUGAUUAUAAGAUGAUGAAAAUUAAAUAAAAAUUAUGCCAGAUUGAGAAAAUCAAUUUAAGGGUUCACUGAGCAAAUGUAAUAAGCAUCUCUGAGAUACGAAACAAAUUGUUCCCUAUGAAGUCUUUGGGAUUGCAAUUUAUUUUACAGGUACAGUAACUUAGAGUUAAUUACUUGGAAUGAUGUAUCUCGGUACAUUUUUGUAUUUUGUGUAUUUUAGUAUAAGUGAUAAAAAAUGUAUAAGCUUUACAAGAUGUUAAGUUCCUACAGAUUUUCAUAGACUUGUAAAAUUGGAUAUUCCAUCGAUCAAGAUUUGUAUACUGUAAACAAAAAAUGAAAUUGGAAGAAAACAAAUCAGUCCUGUUUUUUGAAGAUCAAAUUAAAAUUUUGAAGAUUAGGUAAUAAGGUGCAUCAUAAGCCAAAAAUUCUUACUCAGCAAACUACAUGUAACACACUAAAUCAUAGAAACUGUUUUCUAUGACAACAUAAUUUGUUGACAAAUCCGUGGGAAUCUUUUAUUAAAAUUUCAAAGUUAUUUUUUCAUCAGAUCCCAUGUUUCAGUGGGUUGACAUUCCAGAGAUUAUAAUACUAUUGGUUAAGAAGUAUUAUUUAUAUAAAUUUUCUAUCUGUCUGAGCCUGUUUGUUCAAAAUGCUGUUUUAUCAUUAUUCCAUCAAUGCUGAUUAAAAUUUUAGAUUUACUAGAUUAAAAUUUCAAAAUUAUUUUUUAAAGACAUUUGUGUAGAAUUUUCAAAAUUAAGUUUAUUGUAUGUCUUUUUAAUUUGAUAUAUUUAGUGUAGAAAUCUUCAGCGGAACAAAAUGACCUAAAAGUGUGUUUAAUGACUUGGCCAAGUAGGUCUCUAACACAGGCACUUAGGUUUACACUACACUGAGACGUGUGUUCAGGAUAACAUGACACAGGAAAGAGUACAGUGCACAUGGACUUGUGUAGCUGGUGGAAGUCUAAUUGAGCCAUAUUUCAGGAUUGAUGAACUCACAACUGUAUCAUCAGUUUCAUUGUUGGUGGCUUUGAGCAGUUACAACAUUUUAAAUGGGGAUUGGAAAUAUGUCAUGGCUUUAAACAGGCCUAUUUAUGAUUUAGCUAAUGAUAAAAUCCAGAACACAGGUGUCUGUGUUUUAGUUAUAACAACACAAUUGAAGAUUAUUGAAAAAGCUGGGAACUGUAUGAAAAUGCCAAAGAAUUAAGAUGUAAUUAUUAUGUUAUCAUGUGUAAUUUUUCCAUAGUUGUGUGAUUUCUUUCAAUUAUCACUUGACACGAUUGUUUCAGUGCCAUAUUAUUUAUAUUUAUCCAUUGAUUUGUGCUGCUUCAGUUUCUUAAUGUAAAUUUCAGCAUUACAUUUUUCUUCAUUUAUUACAAUAUAUCUACUUCUUUUUCAUCCCGUAUAAAUAAUAUAUUAAAGAUAAAUUUUAUAAAAUAAUGAUAGUCCCUUAUCAUGUUACAUGUAUUAUCUUCCUAAAGAUUUAAGAUGACUGCAAGCUUAUAUAGGAUCAUUUUCAAAUUUUAAACCUUUUCCCCUUUUUCACCCACUUGUCUAGGAACUGGAUUAAUUAACCUUUGUCAGGAGCAGGAACUGGUGGUAAUUUUUCCCCAGAAAGUACUUCAUCUGAGAUAUAGAUCACUGAAAUAGUAAUAUUUAGAUCAUUCAAAUUUGCUGAACAGAUAAUAUUUAAUAUCCUUCACUCUAACAAGAACUUCACAUUUGAAAUAAUCUGCUAUGCUAACAUAAACUUUGUAAAACAGGAUGACUUAUUUCAAACUGCAUUACACCAAAUUGAUUACUUUUUCUUCAGAUAUUCUUUGUAAAUAGGUUUUAGCAUUUACAAGUCAGACAAUGACAGAUUGCCUUUUUAGAAUCCCUGUCCCACUGCACUGCCGUUUUUCCUAUAUACAGUAUCUUCCCUCUAACUCCUGUUUGGAUAUAACUAGCACAAUUAGGCUAGUACACUUUUGUUCACCAGGUAACUCAAAUUGGUUAUGGCGUUAGUAUAACAAUCUGAAGUCCAGUGUUAGAAUCUCGCCCUAGCCCAGCUGAUUUUUAUUUUUUGCGCUCAGAACAUUCUUGUUGAUUAUACUUUGUUUAUUUCUUAUUUCAUCUUUAAUAUUUCUCAUUAAAGUCCUGCAAGGUAUGGUUUUCUUUCCAGAAAU